AUGCUCAAGAUGGUUGAAGUAUGUGACAAGACUGGUGUGAGUAUAGACGAAAUGGUCGUUGAAAUCGAUUUCAUGGCCAACGAGGAUGGCGUCAUUCCUGCCCUACAAACUCCACCUAUCUUGAAGAUUGCUCCGAUUCGGAACUGCGUCGAAGGCUCUCGAGUAGAGAAGCCUCAUUUCUGUUCUUGUAGUCAAAAGCACAAUCCGCAUCAUUGGAAGGAAGAAGUGGGAUCGGUCCGCAAAGGUAUCAAAAUGAUGGACGCUUCAAACACAAAGGAGUUGAUUUUCAUUAUGAAUUACGCGGGUACUUAUUUCCCUCGGACUUUGGAGUAA